UUUUUUUUUAGUUCUAUGGUACUGAAUAUGUGUAAAACUAGUUUAAAUAGAACCGGAUUUCAUACAUAUUAAUGAGCUUUUUAUUACAUUUAUUAAAUGUAUUAAAUGUUGUAUCAAUAUAUAGAAAUGAGUCUAGGCGCUCCUGGGUCCAAUGAACGCCAGUGACCAGAUCUAGUAAAUGUUUCUAGUAAAAGUAUUAUAGUACUUAUAUGUAUAAUAUGUUUCUGUUGACUGUGAAUUGUGGUGACAGAAUUCAGUGUAUUUUUAUAGCCCCGCCCACUUGUAUUUAGGUCCCGCCCCUUUUGCGCUGCAGUUGAAGGCUUCUUAAGCGCUGGAGCGUCUCUCAGCCCACUCUGGUGCAGGAGAAGUUUCAGAGCUGCGAUUGAGGAGCAUUGCGCAGUGCGAUCACUGAGGCUCACAGUUCCAGUGCAUGCAGCUUCUCUCAGCAGGCUCAGCAUCUUCUCCAAGGCACGUUGGCAUUUGCAUGAUCCGAGCUGUGCACCUGCAUGUCCGGUCACCACUGUCGCAUGCGUCCUUUGGCAGGCAUGAAUUUAGAUGGGGACUGCAGCAUGUCAGUCAGUUGUGGCAAUGGCAAGCUUAGGCAGUGGCUCAUCGAGCAGAUUGAUAGCGGGGAAUAUCCCGGCCUGGUCUGGGAGAAUGACGAGAAAACCAUUUUCAGGAUACCCUGGAAACACGCGGGAAAGCAGGACUACAACCGCGACGAGGAUGCUGCGCUCUUCAAGGCCUGGGCUCUGUUUAAGGGGAAAUACAGGGAAGGCGUGGACAAGCCGGACCCUCCGACGUGGAAGACCAGGCUCCGCUGUGCCCUCAACAAGAGCAACGACUUUGACGAGCUGGUGGAGAGGAGCCAGCUGGACAUAUCAGACCCUUAUAAAGUCUACAGGAUCAUCCCUGAAGGAGCAAAGAGAGGUGCCAAAUCCAACAGCAUUGAGGACACCUCGGCUCACGUGACGUCGCUUGGUUAUUCUACUUAUCCUCUUCAGCCGCAGAUGUCAAGCUACAUGUUAUCCCCAGAAAGGAGAGACUGGAGAGAUUACGGCACAGACCACCCUCACCACCAGCCCCCCCACGCAGAGCUGCCCUACUGCCCUCCGUACCCACCGGCUCGGCCUCUACAGUGGCACGCGCCACCCUGCGACAACGGUUAUCAGAUAUCUGGCUCGUUUUAUACCUACACCCCAACAGAGUCACAUCCCGUCUCAGUGGACCCCAGCAUGAGAUCAGCGGAGGCCAUGGCCAUCUCUGACUUCCGUCUGCACGUGUCCCUCUAUUAUCGGGAGUCCCUGGUGAAGGAGGUGACCACGUCGAGUCCUGAAGGCUGCCGGAUCUCCUCCUCAUCUACUCCAGGUUCCCCUUCCUCCCCUUCCUCCCCGUGCCCGGAGGACAGGCUGUACAGCGGGGCGGAGCCGGUGCUGUUCCCCUUCCCCUACCCCCAGUCGCAGCGGCGCGGCGCCGACAAGCUGCCCAACGUGCUGGAGCGGGGCGUCCUGCUGUGGUUGACCCCCGACGGACUUUACGCUAAGCGCCUGUGCCAGGGCAGGGUGUACUGGGAGGGGCCACUGGCACCGUACUCUGACAAACCAAACAAGCUGGAGAAAGAGCAGACCUGCAAACUGAUGGAUACACAGCAGUUCCUCUCAGAAUUACAGGGUUAUAUCCAUCAUGGACGUCCCAUGCCGAGGUACCAGGUGGUGCUGUGCUUUGGAGACGAGUAUCCAGAUCCGCAGCGACAGAGCAAGAUGAUCACAGCUCAGGUGGAACCCAUGUUUGCCAGGCAGCUCCUGUACUUUGCAGGCCAGACCAAUGGUCAUUACCUACGGGGCUAUGAGCUUCCAUCCCAGGGUGCUCUACCAGUGGAGGACUACCAGAGAAGUCUCCAGCACAUGCAGGAAUGAGCUUCCAAUGAACCAAAUCCCUGAACAGACUCCCUCAGCAAUGCUCCUCUUCCAUCAACCUGCCCAGUUUCUACUGAAGAAUGGAAACGAUUCAAGUUUCCAAUGCAGGAACCUUUGCAAGGACUAAAAUGAACUGCCAGACUGAUGCAAUAGGCAGAUCUCACCAUGCCAGGCCAGUAACUUGUCUCAGAACUCUCAGAACGAGUCAUGAGUCAAGAGGGCCGGACAGGUACAUGGUUUUAUAUGCUGUUUUCCCAAUCAAAUCUGUAUCAUAUGGAUGCGAUUAUAUGUCAUUUUUAAGGUCCUUCAAUUGGUAAAUCAUACGUCUUUUCUGAUGUCUUUAAUGACUCAAUCUCUAACCUACAUACUUGUAUACAUUAGCUACUUUCCAAAGCAUAGGCUGCAGCUGAGGAAGGGUGCUAUAAAGACUCCUUCAGACAUCAUACAACUGUACUCUAAAAGUCUUUGAAAAGAAAUGACAAUCACUUCAAAAUCUUGCAAAGUCACUUUAAUUUGAGACUGCAAUUGGUACUAUUUCUUUCACAUUAUAACCUGGUGGAAAUUCACAAAAGAUUAAGCUCAUUGUGACACAAAGAACUUUUUUCCAGCGAAACUUACCUAAAAGUAAGACUGUAAAUGAAGCUAAGGCCUGUUGUUUUGUGUCUUCCAACAUGUUUGUGGUGCUUUUUUGACCUUUCUUUGCAUUGUAAGCAUGCAAAGAAUUGAUUAACUGAGGUUGUGGGAGGACCCAUAAGUUGCAUACCUAAAAUAUUUCCAAAUAUACCCUGCAUUUCUAGGCUGUAUACGAAGGGUCCAUCACUUUAGGACAGCCUUCUAUGCCAUAAUGCCUAAGAAAUGCAACAUAGCUAGACUGCUGCCUAGGCUUUGGCUAUUUUCCUAAAUGUCCAGCACUGGAAGGAUCUAAAGGCAAAAAUGUAUUUUUUUAUGAAUGUACAGAAUGUGUGCGAAAGAAGCUUUUAAAUGAAAUGCUCAAACUACGCUAAGUAAAAAAAAACAAACUCAUUGCAAGCGUAAAUGUCGUAAAAUUUACAUUUUUUAACUUGCAUUUUGUAUUAGUUUUUAUACCUUUUUAUUACGUUUGUAGUACUUUGUAUAAAAUGUUCUCAGGACUGUUUUUUUUAAAUCACAUUUCCUUCAAUUUCCAUGACUGACUGUAACUUCCUUGUGUAAAUGACCUUUUCCCAAGCAAAUCAAGCUAGAUCUUUCUCAUUUUUUUUUUACUGUACAUUGUUCGACUUGAUUUAUAGGCUAUUUAUAUUUUUAUACUGUUUGAUAUAGUUAUAGUGAAUGAAGUGCGAGUGCUGGAUCUGUUUUGAAGCUGUCUAAUCUUGAAUGUAAUCAAGCUAAUUCUGUUUAUUUCUGUGAAUGAAGUUCCAGAAGAAGAAGUUAUAUAAUUCUGAAUACUAAGAAAGAGUCAGGACUUCUGAGACCUGUUGGCUACAGAUGAGUCUGUAUCGUACAAUCAAAGACCGACAUGUUUUUUAUUUUUUCGGGUGCAGAGAAUGUUUGUGUGUCUGUCUGUCUCUUUAUCUGUCUGUGGUGAACUGAGUGCUGGUGAAAAACUUGCCUGCAGGUAACUGGCCACAAUACUGUGGUAACAGUGUAAAAAUAGGCUACAAUGAAAAUGAUGGGAAGGUAACAAACAUCUAUGGAGCUUAAAGAGUAAAAGAAGAAGCUGAAUUUUGUCAUUUUUGUAUAUUUAGAAAAUAUUUAAUUAAAAUACCAUUGUGUUAGACUUCAGACAUUAGUACAUUUUGAUUGGCAGUUGUGAGAUGGUGCUCUGUUAUUGGUUGAAUGCCUUAAUGAGUUAAAGUCUGGAUGUUUCCCUUUUGGCUUAAUUCACACUUUUUUGGGGUUCCUUGAAUUUAUUUGCAAUGUAUAUUUUUGCUAUUGCAAUUGCUAAAUUCACUGAAACAAAAAUAGCUUCAGGCUUGUUCUUGGAAUAACACAAUUAAGCCUUUAAAAUGAUUAAAUGGCAUGCAAAUAUGAAAUAAUAUCUUGUAUCUUGUAGAUACAAAUACAUUCAUCACCAUUUAAGCUCCAUACUUCUCCAUCUUGCUCUCUCUCUUUUCUUUCUUGUUUUAUCUUUCUAUCUCUCUCUCUCUCUUUAUACAAGCAAUGUUAGAUUUUUGUAAAGUUGUAAUUUUUGUUAUUUUUUUCCAAUAUUGGUACAAUCAUGAUAAAUGAUAAUAAAGAUUUUUGUUGAUUA